AUGCAGAGGCUCAAGCGCUCGCUGUCCCUCAAGACCAUCCUGCGUAGCAAGAGCGUGGAGAACUUCUUCCUGCGAUCCAACAGCGAGCUCAAACUCCCCUGCGAGGUGCUUCUGAGCCCCCCGACGCCCUUGCCGCCCCCGUCCCCCCCGCCGAUGCCCACCGAGGCCAUCCUGCCCCGGGCUGAGCACUCGCCCAUCGCCUGCCACCGGGCCCUGGCGCCCCUCAAGCCCAUGCGAACGCACAGCUUCCAGGAGCACGUCUUCAAGAAGCACAGCCCGUGUGAGAUGUGCCACCAGCUCAUCGUAGGCAAUUCGAAGCAAGGCCUGCGGUGUAAAACGUGCAAGGUUAGCGUGCACCUGUGGUGCUCGGAGGAGGUCUCGCACCAGCAGUGUCCCGGCAAGAUGGCCACCUCCUUCCGGCGCAACUUCAGCUCCCCCCUCCUGGUGCAGGAGCAUCAGCAGAGCAGCUCCAAGGAGUCCCCCCCUGCAGGCCCCAGCGGGAGGGUGGAUCCCAUCUAUGAGACACUGCGCUACGGCACCUCGCUGGCUCACCUGAACCGCUCCAGCUUCAGCAGCACCUCGGAGUCGCCCACCAGGAGCCUGAAUGAGAAGGACGAGGCCGGGGAGGAGGCAGACGGCAGCGCGGAGGAGAGCCACGGUGACAGCGGUAAGCCAUUCACGGCCCCCCCCGAGGGCGAAAGUCCCGGCUCAGAGGAGAAGAGCCCUGAGCAGCAGGCUGCCGGGGGCUCCUCGCGGAAGGACGUCUCCCCCAUGUACUCCUACGUGGCUCUCUACAAGUUCCUGCCCCAGGAGCACAACGACCUGCCCUUGCAACCCGGAGACAGGAUCAUGCUGGUCGAUGACUCCAAUGAAGACUGGUGGAAGGGCAAGAUCGGUGACCGGGUGGGCUUCUUCCCGGCCAACUUUGUGCAGAGAGUGCGCCCGGGCGAGAGUGUCUGGAAGUGCUGCCAGCCCUUCUACGGCAACAAGGAGCAGGGACAGAUGAGCCUCAAGGAGAGCCAGAUCUGCGUUGGCGUGGGGAAAAGCAAGGAGAAUGAGGGCUUCCUCAAGGUGACCAGCGGCAAGAAACGAGGCCUGGUGCCCGCCGACGCCCUGACGGAGAUCUGA